CACGUGACUAAAUAUCACCUGGGUGAAAAGGCGGAAGUAAAAUCCGGCAGUAGCCACAGCAGCGGAGACGUUGGGUUAGUGGUUGGAAGCGGACUCUGCGGCAGCAGCGGGGACAGGACGGAAAGAUGAUUUCAGAAGGAGGUUCGUUUAUGCGAGGCAUGUUGAUAGGUGGUGCAUUUUGCAUAGUUGUUACUCUCCUAGGACACAUUAAAUUGAGUCAUGAACCUGCAUCGCCCCAUGAACACCAUCACAUCCAAGCUCCUAAUAAAGAGGAUGUUUUGAAACUGUCGGUGGCAGAACGAAGGGAGCUGAGUCAAAGCAUAAGGGUGUACUGUGUUAUCCUUGUCAGACCUAAAGAUUUAAGCUUGUGGGCUGCUGUCAGGACUACCUGGAGCAAACACUGUGACAAGGCAGACUUCUAUAGCUCUGAACAUGUUAAAGUAUUUGAUUCAAUUGUUGUUGACAGCAAUGACAUGUGGCUUAUGAUGAGGAAAGCUAUCCAAAUGGCAUAUGAAAAACACAAAGAUGACUAUAACUGGUUCUUCAUCUGUCAGCCCUCCACAUUUGCCAUAGUUGAAAACCUGAAGUAUUUCCUGUUGGCGAAAAACCCUUUGGAGCCUUUCUUCCUUGGUCAUGUUGUAAAGGAUGGAGACUUAGACUAUGUUGACUUAGCAGGUGGCAUAGUGCUAAGUGUUGGCACUGUAGACCGGCUUAUCCAUGUUAUGAAUGAACCAGAGAAGUGUCCAGAGAAAGGUGGCAUCAUAUGGAAGACUUCUGACGAUAAGCAGUUAGCAAUGUGCCUAAAGUACAAAGGAGUAUUUGCAGAAAAUGCAGAAGAUGCUGAAGGAAAGAAUGUCUUCAACACCAAAUCUGUGGGUUCCCUGAUAAAAGAAGCCAUGGCAAAUGAUCCCCAAAAAGUAGUUGAAGGUUGCUGCUCAGAUAUGGCAAUCACGUUCAGCGGACUUUCACCCAACCACAUGCAAGUUAUGAUGUAUGGCGUUUACAGGCUAAGAGCUUAUGGACACAGCUUCAAUGACGCUUUGGUCUUUUUACCACCUCCGGACUCUGAUAAUGAUUAAAGACCUAUCUUUGUUUCCAGUUACACAUAAACUUUGUAAACACUAUAAUGUUUUUAAUACUUCAAUAGAACAGAUGUCUGGAUUGGAAGAAGUGAUUGUGUUAAGUAUGGGAAGGAGAUGGACCUUGAUCCAUGCUUCUGUGUAACUUACAAAUCCUGUGUAUAGUGUAGCUGUGUUAGUCUCUUGCAACAGUGUCAGGACUGCAACUUCCGUCUUACUACACACUGUAAGAAGUUUUACAUGGUUGUGAUUUUUGCACGCAAAGUCUAUUUUUCUAAAUCCUAAAGAGCUGGGUUGAAUAUUUUGUUUCAUCAGUAGUAAGCUUUGUACGAUUUUUCCGGCAUGCUCCCUAUGGGAGAGGGUAAAUGAUUUGAAUUCAACUAUGUUGCCUUAAAAUGGGUAACCUAGACUCCAUUGCCAAAUGAUCUUGUGCUGUGUUACAGAUUGCGCUUUUUUCAUAGGCUCUCUUAUAAUGUUACUAUGCUCUAACUCAUUACCUCAGACAUUAUGCUAGUACUAGGCCCAUUUACAAAUUAAUUUACACAAGCAGUCCCUUCUUAACAAUUCAAGGACACACCAUAUUUUUAAUAUAUGGGUUCGUACCUAUUGCCGUCAGCAAUUUUUCUAUUUUACAUGUAUAGACUCAAAUGAGGUGAAACCUGGCAAACACAGUAAGUGGUACAACUACUUUCCGAAACAUGCACUGUAGGGAUGCAAGUGUUUGUGGACUUUAAACAAUUAUUUGUAUUGUUGCAUCCAGUGUAUGUGCAUACAAAUGUUGUAUAAAGCACACAACUCCGAUGUUGGCGCUUGUAUACCCUAAAAGGAAUCCAAACAUUCCUCCAGUGUAAGAAAACCCCUCUCUAUAACAAGCCCUAAAAAAGUACUGUUGUGAAAGUUCCUUUAACUGGACUUGUUUGACAUGUAAUCUCACACUCUGCACACUAUGUAUGAUAUGGCAUGCUUGUCAGUGUAACAGCUCCUAAUGAGGAAAUGCGCCAUAAUCUCACAACAGCCACAAAGUCUUAUCAUAUGAAAAUAUCUGUUCGGAUGAUUGCUUUGUGGACGUUGUUGCCAUUUAAACUGCACAUGUUCUUGUGUUUAGGGAUGAGUGUCUACUAUACUCUCCAAAUGUAAGUAGUGGUGACAUGCUCAUUGGAACAAGACCACAAGAAGUACCAAUAUUGCAUCCUUCAUUGUGUACGUGUAUUGUUGCAGUCUGUUUUUAAAUGGUUCGCCCCAUAAAAUACAUAACUCCCUCACUGUACUGAUUCUGAGCUGGGAAGAGCAAGUAACAGUAGGGCAGAUGUAUUAACCUGGAGAAGGCAUAAGGAAGUGAUAAAGCAGUGUUAAGUGCAAGGUGAAACGCACCAGCCAAUCGGCUCCAAUAUGUAAAUUGACAGGAGCUGACUGGCUGGUGCGUUUAUCACCUUGCUCUUAUCACUGCUUUAUCACUUCCUUAUGCCUUCUCCAGGCUUAAUACAUCUGUCCCUUUGUGCCUUGAUAAAACCAUGUUGUGCUGCAGCUGGGUUACGUAACUUGUUCAGAAAGAGUUAGAUUUGGGCAUAAUGUCACCAAACUGAAAUCUAAAUUGCAGUAUAAAAAUGAAGCUGUCCUUCAUUUUGGGCUGCAUGCAAAAGCAGCCAGUAUUUACCCUAUGUGUAAAAAUAAUAAUAAAAAAAAAUGUUUUUGCUUCCCUUGCUUUGCAACAUGGUAUGUUGAGAGUUACUUGCUCUUUCUUGAAAACCGUACAUUAGACAGAUUUGAGUAUGCAUUGUAUUUAUUUAAAUAUACUGUGUAUUCAUCUUCUCAUAUGCCAUGGGGGUGAAGCUAGUCAUCAUCUGGACAGUUCUUAGUGUUCAGGAGUAUGACGAUCCCAUGUAUUUGUAGGAGUAUGCACAGGAUUCUCCUGAGAGUUCUGUGAUAAAAAAUUGCCAGCUUUCACACCACAUUGGCUCUGAAUGAUCACAUGGCAUCUAGGUAAGAAGACUUCUGCCCACACCAACAGCUAAUUGUCUCAUAAGUGCUUUAUGCAUUUUUUUCCCCCAGUGGGAGUGAAACCAUUAUAAUGCUGAUGUUUGUUUAUAAUGAUAUGUGGUAAAAUAACUGUAUAUUUCAAUUAGACUUUCUCGGGCUGUACUAGUUAAUGUUAGAUUUUUCAAAACUGGUUGACAAGUCCACUUUAAAAUUGAGUAGACUGUCUAAAAUUGGGUUAAGUUUUAGACAUGGCUAAUACCGGUAUAUAGUUGGAAAUGUUAAUAUAUUGUCAACACAGAUAUAUAGUAACUAAUAUCAUGCUCUGGUGAUAUGAGAUGCUGGAAUAUUGGUUUCUGGAACAAAAAUAAAGUUGCAAUAGCUAAAAAAUGAAGGUGGGGAAGGGGGCUCACUGGAUUAUUUAUAUAUAUUUUUGGAAUGGUGUGGGGAAAUCUAACGGCAUUUAUUGUAAAAAUUAUUUGUAAUUUUUCUAUCAUCUGGAAACCUUAAAAUACUGAAUUUCUGUAAGAAGUAAAAACUAUUUUAUAUUAAGAA